UCCUGCCUUUCCGUGAGGGCCAUGGUGGAUGCAAGAGACUUUGUGCCAGACCUGCCAAGAAUCACCAGGCUCUGGACUGCUGGUUAGCGAGCUUGGCCUCCAGCCCAUCCUUUCAGGGUUUCCCCUGAAGGUGGAGUCUGUGGACGGAUCCAGGACUGCCAGUCCGGUGUGACCUGGCUUUUGCCUCCCUGCUCCAGGGGCACCCACAGAAGGGCUGGCCUGUCUGGUCCCCCUGCCUAAUGGGCUUUGCGGGGAGGGUGGGCUGGUCUGUCCAGAUGAGAAGGAAAUAGCGGAUGUCCCUCCCUGGGCGUCCUCUAGGUUGUGAGAUGUGCUCCCAGGAGGCUCUCCAGGCACAGAGGAGUCAGCUGGUGAGGCUGCUGGCCUCAGGGUCCCUGGAGGGCUUCGAGAGCAUCUUGGACUGGCUGCUGUCCUGGCAAGUCCUCUCCUGGGAGGACUACGAGAGCCUCAGCCUCCCAGGCCAGCCUAUUUCCCGCUUGGCCAGAUGCCUGCUGGACACCGUGUGGAAGAAGGGUGCUUGGGGCUGUGAGAAGCUGGUCGCCGCUCUCCAGGAGGCCCAGGCCAGCAGUCAGUCCCCUGAGCCACGUGGUGACUGGGACCCCCACUCACUCCACCCAGCCCGAGAACUGCAGAGUCACCGACCCGCCAUCGUCAGGAGACUCUACAACCACGUGGAGGCUGUGCUGGACCUGGUGCAGGAGCUGGGUUUCGUCAGCAAGUAUGAGUGUGAUGACAUCAGACUGCCCAUUUUCACGUCCUCCCAGAGGGCAAGAAGGCUGCUCGAUCUUGCCACAGUGAAGGCAAAUGGAUUGGCUACUUUCCUUCUACGGCACAUUCUGGAAUUACCUGUCCCCUUGUCCCUGCCUUUAGAGGCUGCGGAAUGCCGCCAGUACAUCUCCAAGCUGAGGAGCACGGUGUCUGCCCAGUCCCGCUUCCUCAGCACUUACGACGGGGUGGAGAAUCUGUGCCUAGAGGACGUGUACACGGAGAACCUCCUGGAGCUGCGGACGCAGGCGAGCGUGGCCGGAGCCCUGUGGGAGACCAGUGCCACACUGGGCUUGGAGGAGCUCUUCAGCACCCGCGGCCACCUCAACGAGGACGCAGACACGGUGCUGGUGGUGGGCGAGGCGGGCAGCGGCAAGAGCACGCUCCUGCAGCGGCUGCACUUGCUCUGGGCCACGGGGCAGGACUUCCAGGAGUUUCUCUUCGUCUUCCCAUUCAGCUGCCGGCAGCUGCAGUGCGUGACCAAACAGCUGUCCGUGAGGACCUUGCUCUUCGAACACUGCUGUUGGCCUGACGGUGGCCAACAGGACGUCUUCCAGUUCCUCCUUGAUCACCCUGACCGCGUCCUGUUGACCUUUGAUGGCUUCGAUGAAUUCAGGUUCAGGUUCACGGACGGAGAGCGUCACUGCUCCCCGACGGAGCCCACGUCCGUCCCGACUCUGCUCUUCAACCUCCUGCGGGGCAGCCUGCUCAAGGGCGCACACAAGGUGUUGACCAGCCGUCCCGACGCCGUGUCGGCCUUCCUCAGGAAGUACGUGCGCGUGGAGUACCACCUCAGGGGCUUCUCGGAAGAGGCCAUCGAGCUGUACCUGAGGAAGUGCCAUCCCCAGCCUGGGCUGGCAGACCGCCUCCUCCACCUGCUCCAGGCCACCUCAGCCCUGCACGGCUUGUGCCACCUUCCUGUCUUCUCAUGGAUGGUGUCCAGAUGCCACCAGGAGCUGCUGCUGCGGGGCGGGGGAUCCCUGAGGACCACCACAGACAUGUACCUUCUGAUCCUGCAGCAUUUCCUGCUGCGCGCCUCCCCGCCAGACGCAGCCUCCCAUGUCCUGGGACCCGGCCUCCUCCGAGGCAGGCUCUCCACCCUCCUGCGCCUUGGUCAACUGGCUCUCUGGGGCCUGGGUAUGUGCUGCUAUGUGUUCUCUGCCCAGCAGCUCCAGGCAGCCCAGGUUGACCCUGAUGACAUUUCCCUUGGCUUCUUGGUGCGGGCCCAGAGUGUCGUGCCCGGGAGCAGGCCAGCCCUGGAAUUCCUGCACAUUACUUUCCAGUGCUUUUUUGGCGCCUUCUACCUGGCGCUGAGUCCUGAUGUGCCAGUGGCCUCGCUCAGACACCUCUUCAACUGCCACAGAUCAGGCAGCUCACCCCUGGCUCGGCUGCUGCCCACCCUGUGUGUCCAGGGCUCCAGGUGCGAGGAGGGCAGUGUGGUGGCUUUGCUGCAGAAGGCCGAGCCACACAACCUUCAGAUCACAGCGGCCUUCCUGGCAGGGCUCUUGUCCCAGGAGCACCAGGACCUGAUGGCUGAGUGCCAGGCGUCCAAGAAGGCCCUGCUGCGGCGCCAGGCCUGUGUCCGCUGGUGUCUAGCCCGCAGCCUCCGCAGGCACUUCCAGUCCAUCCCGCCAGCCGUGCCGGGUGAGGCCAAGAGCAUGCACGCCAUGCCCGGGUUCAUCUGGCUCAUUCGGAGCCUGUACGAGAUGCAGGAGGAGCGGCUGGCGCGGGAGGCUGUGCGAGGGCUGGAUGUCGGGCACCUCAAGUUGACAUUCUGCAGCGUGGGCCCUGCCGAGUGUGCUGCCCUAGCCUUUGUGCUGCGGCACCUCCAGCGGGCAGUGGCCCUGCAGCUGGACCAUAACUCUGUGGGUGACAUGGGUGUGGAGCAGCUGCUGUCUUGCCUUGGUGUCUGCAAGGCUCUCUAUUUGCGAGAUAACAAUAUCUCAGACCGUGGCCUCGGCAAGCUCACUGAGCAUGCUCUUCACUGUGAGCAGCUGCAGAAGCUAGCCUUGUUCAACAACAAAUUGACCGACGGCUGUGCGCACUCCCUGGCCAAGCUUCUUGCGUGCAAGCAGAACUUCUUGGCGUUGAGGCUCGGGAAUAAUCACAUCACUGCAGUGGGAGCCCAGGUGCUGGCUCAGGGCCUCCGAAGCAAUGCCUCCCUGCAGUUCCUGGGGUUCUGGGGCAACAAGGUGGGUGACGAGGGUGCCCAGGCCCUGGCUGGAGCCUUGGAUGAUCACCGGAGCUUGAAGUGGCUCAGCCUGGUGGGAAACAACAUUGGCUGUGUGGGUGCCCAAGCCUUAGCACUGAUGUUGGAAAAGAAUGUGGCACUAGAAGAGCUCUGCCUGGAGGAGAACCAUCUCCUGGAUGAAGGUGUGUGUUUUCUUGCCGAAGGACUGAAGAGAAAUUCGAGUUUGAAAGUCCUGAAGCUGUCUAACAAUGGCAUCACCUACCUGGGUGCAGAGGCCCUCCUUCAGGCCCUCCAAAGGAAUGACACCAUCCUGGAAGUCUGGCUCCGAGGCAACACUUUCUCCCCAGAGGAAAUCGAGAAGCUCAGCCACAGGGACACCAGACUCUUGCUUUGACGUUUCCAGGCUGAUAUUCCUUUCAGAGUGUUUAUGAGGAAGCUGUGGGUUUGGACCCUGGAAGCCGGAUUGCAUCUGGCAGCAGCCCACUGUGGCUCUGCGCAGGGACGGGUUUGUUUUCAGAGAGCACCACAAGCCACCUUUAUUCUGCUGGAGGAAGGCACCUCCGCGCCCUUCGGAAUGGACUUCUCCCAGCCUACUUCUGCCACCGACUCAAUCCCUGGGACGGACGAGAGGGGCAGCCCCUCCCUCACCUUCUGGACCCGGUCCCAGCUAAUCCACCAGGGGGCCAGUGGGCCCUGCCUACUGAGUGCCUGCUGGUUCUGGACCCAUCCGAAAGUCAGGCUCCUGUUCCUCUCACAAAAUGGAGGAGGUGUAUGCAGGAAGCAGCUUUCUGCCAUGUUCCGACUCAUGGUCCAUCCACCCAGGUCCCUCCCUCUCUGCUUCCUCCACUCUGAGACCCAGAGAGCUCCCCAGCCCCAGGAUGGGGUGGGCCACACCCUACUCUGCCCACCUGCCUGAUGCCUGAGAUGGUGCUAGAGGGAGACACGAGACAGUCUUUUGUUCCCUAAGAUAUUCUAGACUUGCAAGAAAAAUAGGACCAUGCUCCAGCUUGGAUCCACGUGCACUUUUAUUUCCAGUGAAAUCAAUUACACUUCAGUUAAGCUUUUGGAAAUAGCUCCCCAUCCAAAUGCCGCUUUAAAAAAUUAAUCUGGGCCAGAAUUUCAAACGGCCCCAGUAGGCUUCUGGUUGAUGCCUGUGAACUGAACUCUGACAACAGACUUUUGAAAUAUAUCCAUAAGAGAUGGUUCCAUUUUAUUUGUGCAGAAUGCUUUAGGAUUUAUAGUUAUGGAUUGGAAGUUUACAGGGGGCAAAACCAGGCCCUUCUUUCUCAUUUUUUGUACUGGGAACUGAACUCACCCAGAGGCACUAUAGCACUGAGCCACACCCCAUGCCUUGAAAUAUGUUUUUUUUGUUUUCAAAUUUUGAGACAGGUUCCCACUAAGAUGCUGAGGCUGGCCUCACACAUGAUCCUUCUGUCUCAGCCUCCCUAGUAGCUUAGAUUACAGGUGUAUGCCAAUGUGCUUGGUUGUUCUUUCUAGAAUUUUCAAAAUGAUGCACAUUGAAGCCUCUGUAAACUGUCAGGUGCUGCACAUAUAUUAUUAUGUAAACAUUAUUAUGUGUAAAAACUGGUUAAUAUUUGUAAACUACUUUGUUUUAUUCUCCCAAGUUGAUACUUCUGUAGCAAACACGACCACGAACUCUCUGCUGUAAAUAAUCACAGAGGAGAAAACUGUUGAGUUACCAAUGCCAUCUUCGUUGUGACCAAAUAUUUUUAAAUAUUCUUAAAACUUGUCAAAUUUUAAAGCACAAUGUUCUUCUCAAAUGGGGGAAAGUGAUGUUUUCAACAAGAUAAUGUGUUGCUUAAGGCAGAAGCAAUUCUUAGAAAUAGCCCGGCAAUCAAAACACAUUUGGCUUCAGCUUAGAGACUCUAACUCAGUGUGAAGUUCUAAGCUGUGCCUAAGCCUUGCAGGGCCCGGACUGAGAGGCUGGAGCAAAUGUGAAAAGUCCCUAGGGCCUUCCUUGACUCUCUUUAAGUGGCUGCAGGAGUCUUUACCAGGACAAACGUGGUAGAUUUGCAGGCUGCUGUCCUCUGCUGGUGGCCUCUCCUGCGGGCCCUGCUGAAAGAAUUCUUAGCUACAUUUA